AUGUCUUUCGGCUUCCCUGCAUCCACCCCCGCUGGGGGCGGCGCGGAGCUUGGCUCAGAGCUGCCUGAUGUCUUUACCGAUGAAAUCGGCUUCAAAGGUGUCUCAGGCGACGCCAACGUUCGAUUCCUUCCGACUGCCUGGCCCGACGACGCCCUUCCACCUCCCACCUCUUCCCUUCUCGCAGUCGCGCAUACCAAAGGCCUGAUUGUUGGCGCUGGUCCAGACGCGCUCGCAAUCAGCAGCAAUGACGCUGUACGCAAGGCCAUUGAGGCACCUGCCGGAGAAGACAUGGAGAAGACCAAGGCCUUCCAACCCCAUGCUACAAUACCUCUUCCCGCGCGCCCUACCCAUAUCGCAUUCAGUCCGGCCGACGAUGCCUUGAUUCUGGCCACAGAGAACGGCCCCUCUAUCUCAAUUUUUGAAACCACAAGCCUCACCCAGGGUAAUGCGCAACCCGCGCUGCAGAUCCCCACGAAUGGUGUGUCGCUCCGCGCUCUCGUGCCGAACCCUGAUGCUACUUCCACACUUGUCGCGCUGGUCACCGUUAAUGGCGACCUGCUUAUUGCUGACCUCAAGGCCGGCAAAACGGUCCCUGGUCCCAACGGCCCGGUCCUCAAGACUGGUGUGAGCUGCGUUUCAUGGAGCAACAAAGGCAAGCAGCUUGUCGCUGGGUUGGCCGACGGUACCGCAUACCAGAUGACCCCAGACGGAACCAAGAAGGAUGAAAUUCCCCGGCCAUCUGACCUUGAAGGCGAAUGCCAUGUUUCAUCCGUCGCAUGGCUGGAAAACGACGUCUUUUUCAUGGUCUACACACCCAACAUCUUAGAAGAUGAUAUGGGAAUGAUCCCAGCAUCUUCUUACUACAUCAUUACUCGACGCAAGCAGGCGCCGUUCUUGAUUCAGAAGUUGCCUGAGAUUUGCUCGACCAUGGGUUUCACCCUGAAGCGUGCGCCUGCAUACCAGUUCAUCACAAGAAUCAGAGACUACAAGCCUCACUUGAAGGACGUCCUGAUUGUUUCGUCGACCGUGUCCACCGAUGUUGGACUGAUCACUCGAUCGGAUCAGCCUCUAGCAAACGAUGAGAGAACUAAAUUCCAUGUUGGACAGUUCAUGACCACUGAGGUUUCGGAUGAUACAAAGCGCGCCAGUGUCCCUUUGAAGGACUCCGUUGAUGAAACCUCAGUCAUUGGUCUGGCGCCAAACCUGUCAGCCACUGAACCUGUAUCGGACCCGCUCCCAGGUUCAGAUAUCUCCGAGAGUUCGACCCCUCUUCCCGGAUUGUUCCUCUUGAAUAACGAUGGCAUCCUCUCGUCUUGGUGGCUCCUCUACUCCGAAGCCAUUCGUCAGAACACUCCAUACUCCGGAUUGGUUUCAGCUGGUCAGGUACCACAGGCUCAGCUUGCAGCACCCGCAGCGCCCGCCGCAGCCCCGGCAGCUGCACCCCAAUCUGGCUUCGGACAGUCAUCCUUUGGCAAUACCUCGACCUUUGGCUCAAGCUCAUUCGGAAAGCCAGCUGGCGGCGCUUCCUUUGGCAGCCCGUCGCCCCUUGGUGCAUCGACUAUGGGUGCGACUGCGUUUGGCAAGCCGUCAUUCGGCAGUCCAUCCCAGAUCGGUGGAAGUCCUGCACCAGCAUUUGGAACACCUUCGACCCCGGCCCCCGCCGCUCCAUCGUUCGGAACUCCCUCUCAGCCCGGCGCCCAAUUUGGACAACCCAGCUUUGGACAACCUAGCUUUGGACAACCCAGCUUUGGACAACCUAGCUUUGGACAACCUAGCUUUGGACAAUCCAGCGCCCCAAAGAAUCCAUUUGGCGUUAGCGGUGCAUCUACUGGGGGAGGUUUCAGUCAGUUUGGAAGUGGAGGCGGCUUUAGUAGUUUUGCUGCAGCGAAACCAGGCGAAUCGCCGUUCGCCAAGGCUGCUUCUGGAGAAAGUGCUUUUGCUGCGGCUAAAUCAAGUGAAUCGCCGUUCUCCAAGCCGGCCGAAUCACCAUUUGCAAAGGCUUCUAUUGGGCAGAGUGCUUUUGGCGCGGCCAAGCCAGACGAGUCACCGUUUGCUAAGCCUGCUUCUGGUGAGAGUGCUUCCUCCGAGGGCUCGACCUUCGAAAAGCCCAAGUCCGAAACAUCCUUCGCGACCCCCUCUGCGAAUGGAGUGAAGAAUCCUUUCGGUGCCGGGUUAGGUGGAUUCCAGCUUAAAUCCAAUUUUAAGGGCGAUGGCACGGCCGUUAAUGAUCUUCCAAAGUCAGACAAGCCUCCUUCCUCAGGGGCAUUCUCAUUUGGCGGAUCAUUUGAUGACAUGGUGUCGACACCGAAAGAAGGAAUCUCCGACAGCGAGUCUAUGGACGACGACUCGGACGACGCCGCGCCUACGAGUAACGAGCCAUUCUCUAUCUUCGGUGGACCCAAACCCACUGGGGAGCCUCCCACCUCGCUAUUCGGUUCUACGAAGCAACCUUCUAAGACCACGACUUUGGCUGAAACCAACAAGACCUCUUUCUCAUUCGGUAAUAUUGCCUCCCAGAAUCAGGUAACAAGUCCCUUGUCGGCGCCUUCUGAUAAGACUGAAACGCCAAAGAAAGAUCAGUCAGAGGCUCCAUUGCCCCCCGAUCCUACUAGCCGGGCUAGUUACGCCCCGGGAGACACCUCAGCUUCCUCGAACGUUUCAAAGAGCUCGGUAGAAGAUGCCCCUCUUCCUCCAGAUUUCACCAAGAAAAAUGCCUCUCCCAAAGCAUCAACUGAUGCCCCACUGCCUCCUGACUUCAUCCCCAAGAAGAAAUCUGUACCUCAAGUGGACGAUGCUCCUCUGCCUCCUGACUUUAUGAGCAAGCCUAAGAAGUCUGAGGCUCCGGCUAGCCCCGAGGACGCACCGUUGCCACCGGACUUUGUCACCUCGAAGCCCAAGAGUGAACCUGCUGAGGAGGCGGUGCCAGUACCUGAUGCAGACUCCGACGCAGAUGAGUCUGAUUUCAGCGACAGUGGUGAGGAGAUCACCCACGAGGAGACGAAGGCGCCUAGUCCCAAGCCGUCCGCAGAAAGUUCAUUUGGUGCACCAUCUGAAAAGGGCUUUACGGGAGGACUCUUCAGUGGUUCUGCCAAAACUAUGCAGGGUAAGGGACCGUUGCCGAGACAGCUCUUUGGUGAGAUUCCAAAGCAGCCUCUUCUCCCCCCUCCCGGGCCCGCUGCUCAAAGCAGCCGCGAGCCUCACCGGUCACCCAGCCCGACUCGAGGCGGCCCCCGCAAGGAAGUGAUGUUCUCAGAGAGACCACAAAGCCGCAAGGAGUCUACAAGUGCGCUGCACUCCCGGAAGACUUCACUGACGCAGCUUGCGCAGCGUGACAGGCACCUCAGAAAGGCCAGUGACAUUGCUCGCGAAGAGCAAGAACGGGCACACGCAGCUGCUCAGCGCCAGGCAUUGGAGGAGGAAGAGCUCGCUCUAUCUGACGAUGAUGAGGACGAGAGACUUCGUAACGAGCUCGCUCAACCUAUCGAGCCCGCUGACACCCUUGAUCCAUUCCUGCCCCACCAAAACUACAUGGGCGAGACGGCGAAGCCAGGUAUUCCUGGACAGAUUGAGCUGCUCUACCGCGACUCCAAUUCGAUGGUUGAUACCGCAGGCAUCAAUGCCCGGUCAGUGAAGGCCUAUCUUGCCUAUCACCAGCCCGCACAGGAGUCCGAUGUUUCUAAGUGGGAUUACAUUCUCCAGGGUGAACACCCUAACGAUAUUCUUGAUGUCAAGUUGUUCUUCAAGGACAUCGAAAACUUCCACAAAAUGGUUGCCACCAUCUCCCGCUCGCUCGAAUCACAGCGUGUGCAAGGAGUAGAAGAGAAGCUGCAGGAAUGCCGUGACCUUCUCACCAAGCAAGUCAUCACCUUGCGAAGCCAAUUCGCUGGGAUUCGCAAGACAUUGGAUGCCCACACUGAUAUUGGCGCCAUCCUUGAAGCGCCACUUUCCGCCGAGCAGUCUACACUCCAACUUGAUCUCCGAACGGCAUUCACGGACAUCCAGGCCAAGCUGGCUGAUAUCGAGCAGGCCGUGUCUCUCCUACGUGCCCAAAUUGCCGAUGUCCCCCGAGCCAAUGGAGCCAGUGGCAACCGACCUACGGUGGAAGCUGUUAUCAAGACCCUCAAUACUAUGAUGACCAUGACCGAGAGCAAGCGAACCGAUAUCGAUGUCAUUGAAUCGCAGAUGCGCCGGCUUGGCGUGGAACCUACCAGGGGUGCAUCCCCUAACCGUGAAGGGUCACCCUUUACCACUCCCCGAAAGACUGCCGGCCGAGUGCCCAUAACUCCCGGCUCGCGUGGUUCUUUCGAUGGAAGUGCCUACCACACCCCCGAGUCCGCAACCCGCGGUCUCAACUUCCGGGCUAGUAUAGCUGGCUCAGCGAAGCAUAGCCGCCUUCGCAGUGUGGAGGGAGCAGGCGAGCUUGAUGUUCCGGUUGAAGAAGCCACCCGCUGGAAGACCAAGUCAGCACGUCGACAGCACUUGGUCCAGAACCUCAAGAAUGCCAUCGACGUGAAAAAGACCAAGUUGCGCGGCGUUGACGAUCUUUGA